GCCCCCCGUGCAACUGAGUUCUGCAGCUAUCAUACAACGCGUUUCGACGACAAAAAACAAACGUCCGUUCGGAGUUCUUUCGCUCGGCGCUGCUAAACGCCACAGACCGAUACGCAACAUUUAGUCCAAUUGCAAAUCGCAAAAUCGUUAAAAGCUUAAAGUUAGCCGAGCGGCGGAGCUCAAGAAUCAACGAAAACGGUGUCAGAGAGAAGAGAGAGGGGGUGCACACUACUAUACGAAGGGUGAAAGCAGCGCGACGAUCAUGCGACGACGGCCACUUUGAGCAAGUGAGAGAGAGAGAGAGAGAGAGAGAGAGAGAGAUAGAGAGAGAGAGAGAGACAGACAGAGACAGAGAGAGCGCGCGCGCGAACGACUGACCGACAAAAAAAAAUAAUAAAGGAGUACCAUCGUCGGCCAGCCGAGUGAUACGGGUGCAUUUUCUCCGUUCUAAAUUUAAGGCGCCGGACAAGUGGAGUUUCUCAUGCAGACGCUACGCAAGAAAAAUAGCCCAUGCAAGCUGAAAAACGAACCCGGCCGCUUUAUGGGGGAAGGCGUGUCUUUCAAAGCAAAGCUCAUCGGUAUCUUAGAGGUAUCAGAGGCUCGAGGAGAUCGAAUGUGUCAAGCCGCGCUUGCCGAUUUAAAAAUGGCGAUAAGAGCUGCUGGUGAGCACAAACAACGAAUCACUGUUCAGAUUAGUAUCGAUGGACUUCGCUUGAGGGACGAAAAAGCUGGAGACUGUUUAUAUCACCACCCUGUUCAUAAAAUAUCAUUUAUAGCACAAGAUAUGAGCGACAGUCGAGCAUUUGGUUAUAUUUUUGGUUCACCUGAUACUGGUCAUAGAUUUUUUGGAAUUAAGACUGAUAAAGCUGCGAGCCAAGUUGUCAUUGCCAUGCGUGACCUUUUUCAAGUUGUAUUCGAACUGAAGAAAAAAGAAAUUGAAUUGGCAAAGCAACAUAUUGAACACAGUGCUAUUCGAUGUGGAAUAUAUUCAUCUGGAAGAUCGCCCGAUUCAAAAGGAGCAGCUGGAAGCGAAACUUCACUUCAUAGAACUGAUAGCGAAAGGUCUAGAAAACAUGAUGCACAAGGGGGAGUCGUUGCUGAUUUAUUGGGCUUACAAUUUGAAUUGAAUUCACUCCAACAAGGUAUUCACCAAAUGGAUAAGAUAACUCCUGAUAAUCCUGGACCAGUCGAAGAUCCAUUUGAAUCAGAUCCUUUUGGAGAUUCUUUUGCAAACAUGAAGCAGAUUCAAGAGCAAGUUCAACCAAAAUUACCGCCACCGCCUUCAUCAGCCAAACGUGGACACAUGGAAAGACAGCAGACUUUAACACAAACACCAGCUUCGGGUACAUCUAGUCCAGCUAAUGUAACUAAUAGUAGUAAUAAAACCCCGCCUCCAUCUGGUUCAACUCAUUGGUUUGAUAAAGAAACUGAAGACUUAUUCAACGAAGGAGAAUCAUCUAAUUUACCACGAAAAAAUUCAUCGAGCGAUGAAGAUAAAGAACCACCUUCGACAACAACAACACAGGAUCGUUAUAAACAAUUGGAUUUAUUCUCCGAACUAGAUCCUCUAGGUACAGGUAUUAAAAAACCUUAUGUAGAUAAAAGAGACUUUUUCCAGCACUUAAAAAAUCCACCGAAAAAGAUCUUGAAAGACUUAGCCUCAACCAAUUCUGAAGAUACAUUCCCCACUAAUUUUAAUAUUACAUCUGAUUCAAUAGAGUCUAGUAAUGCCAAUACAACUGAGCAAGAGACGAGUCAAUUUGAAGAUAGAGAGUUUGCUGAGUUUGAUAAGUUUAAGGAUAAAGAUGGAAAAACUUCGACAGAAAAAGUUUCACCAAAGCCUCGCCAUAACGAUUAUAAUAAGAGAACGAUUCAACACCAAUCCUUAUCCGUUUCAUUGCCACCUGAAGAAACUUCUAAAAAUGCUUCACAUAAUUAUUCUAUGUCAACUUCCAUAACUUCUAGCCGUUGUGAUAGCAAAGAUUCCAGUGAGACUACCCAGUGUUUAGUAAAAUUACCUAGUCCAAAAAAGUAUAUGCAUUCUUCACGUAAAGAUUAUACCUCUGAAUAUGCUAGUAGUAAGUCUCAGUCAGUAGACAAGUCAUUUCCCAUUGAUUUUUCUUCUACAAGUGAUUCGCCAGCUUCUCCAAUGAGGUCCUGUUCAUCUGGUGCUAAUUCUAGAUUAUCAAGUUCAAGUGCAGAAAUGGAGAAUGUUCCUGAACCUCCUCCGAGAGGUGCUGGCAGUAUUUUGAUCAAUCCUCCGCCAUUACCUCCAAAAAAAUAUAGUUCACGUAGCGGAAUCAAACCACCCCCGAGGCCACCCCAUGGAGAUGGAUACUUUCAUUACGACUUUUUGGAAAGAGAAGAAACAUCGCCUUCACCUACUAGAAAAAUGCGUGGUAGUGAAUCUCCUAAAAAUUCAAGAAGUCGAUUCGAUGAUAAUUUCAGUCCACCACUUCCACAACUACCUAAAAGAUCUGAUACUAGCUCAUUUUCAAAUUCUAGUUUUGAAGAUUCAUUUAAUUCUAUAAUCCAAUCACCAAAAAUCAUAAAUACAUCAGCAUCAAAUAAGUCAGACAAAAAUUUGGAAAAUUUAACAAAAGAUAUAACAUUGAGUCAGCUUACAUCAACUUUCUUAACAGAUUUAGCAGAAAAUCUUGGAAUGUCAGUUGCGGAAGUAACGAGCUUAACCUUACAACAGUUAACAGAAUGUAUAGAAUUACUCGCUAAAAAAGAUAAAUCUGAUAAUAAUAAGACUUCAUUCUCAGAAUCAAUCUUAACUUCAUCAAAAAAUGUCAUUAAUGAUGCAAAUGCAAACAAUCAAAAAUCAAAAGAUAAAGAGACUUCGUAUGUAUCAAAAGAACCACUUUUCAAAGCUGCAUUUGAUUCAGUACCAAAAGUAGAAAAUUCAAAUAAUUAUGAUAAAUAUGCUGUUUUUCGAGAAUUGAUUGAAAUGGAGAAAGCCGACAAGGAUCUCGAUACUCCAACGUCGCACGAAGAUGAAGAAACUAUUACGCCAGAAAAUCAAGAGGAACCUGGGGAGCUUGAAGAUGACGCUCAAAGCGAUGAAAUAGAUGAAACAAUCGCUUCCCUAGUAAAUUUAACUGUUAAAUUGCCCCCUGUCGCUGAAAAUCAAUCGAAAGAAAUCUCGACAUAUUAUGAAAUGAAGUCAAGUGAGGAACGUAGCGAUUCUCCUAAGGAAAGCGAAGGAGGUGCUCCAGAAGAAAUUGAAUCUGAAGAUCAAUACCAAAGUAAAGAUAAUUUAAAGAAUGAUGAAUUAUCUUCCGAUUCAACAAAAGAUGUAAAAAUAGGAAAUGAUGAUAUAAAAGAAAAGCUUGAGGACAAGAAGACAUACGACGAGUUGCAAGAGUCAUCUGACACAUUCGUAAUCACGGCUGAAGAAGUUAAUGAGUUAUCUAGGAUUAUUCAUAAAAAAUUAGAAAGAAAAUCAUCAAUUACUUCGUCUAACGAUAGAUAUGCAGCAUUACGUGAAAUAAUUGAGGAAACCGAACAAGUGCCAUUGAAGGAUGCUAAUAUAUUAACUUCACCAAAUAAAAUGGUAUUGAAAUCUUCAGCUGAGGUAGAUUUACAAGGUUUGUUUUCAGAUAAUUUUGCUCAACAGACAAUAUCGAUAUCAGCGAAAGUAACAACGAAAAAAGAUGAAGAUAUAAAAUCUAAUGUUAUGGAUAUAUUUGAAGAAAUAAAAAUGUUAAAUUCAGAUGCGCAUCGCACCAAAGAUAAUAAGCCACUACCAUCUUCUAAUAUAGAUGCAAUGUUUGCUGCAUUUUCAGACCCGAAAGCAGAAAAAGAAAUCGCCGUAGAUGAUGAUAACUGGGCUCAAUUCGAAACAAAUACCUUUCAGUCUGAUAAAUCUGUAGUUGAAGGUCCAGGAUCCUUUGGAGGUACGUCUCCUUGGUCUCCUGAUGGUAAAGAAUUUAUUCGUGAAACACCUCUUAGAAGAAGUAUCCAUCGGCAUUCGGGUGAAAGUGAUUUUGAUUGGAAAGAUGACGAAAGCGAAGAAAGCAAUGGAAGAAUUAAAGGAGAAGGACCUCGAUAUUCAAGACACCCACGAUAUGACUUACCUCCUUUUGAAGAAGGUCCGUUUUAUGAAGAACCUGUAGAUGAAGAAAAAGAUCGAAUUUUCCGAGAGCGGAUAAGUCGUAAAACAAGAGGAGCACCUUGGAUAAAGGGUGGACACAGGCCACGAGAACCAAUGAGUUGGCAUGAUGAAGCGAGAUGGGAAGAAGAGCGCAGACGACAUAUACUUAGAAAAGGUCCGUACAAAAAUGAUGAAGAGUAUAGGACUUACUGGGCAAGUAGGCAAAAUCAGAGACCUUGGAAUGGUGAUCGAGAGGGUUUUUGGGAAACUGACCAUCCGUUCUAUGAGGAAGAUGGUAAACGAAGAAUUGGUAUGUGGACUGAUGAAGAACGAGAAAGUAGAGAAAGAUUUAGUAGUCAGGAAAGUAUGGGCUACGAUGAAGAUGAUAGAUAUUAUAGAAGGGAAUAUGAUAGACGAAGGUACGAAGAUGAUAGAUAUAGGAAAAAUCGUGGACUUGAAGGCCCAGAAUAUCCUCCAAGAGAAGCCUACAAAAAACAUGAUCCUCACUAUGUGCGGGAAGGACGAGAUAGACAUUACGAUUAUCCACCUAAUUGGGAAGAAGAAUACGUAUCCAAACGCCCGGAAGAUUCACCUAGAUAUCUUUCAAGAAAAAAACAUUGGCCGAAACGACCAAAUAGUGCAAAUGAAGGACGAGAAAUGAUAUAUAUGGACGCUAGACCAAAAUAUGCAAUGUCACGGUCCGAAUGUAGCGAAAGCGAUUCCGAUCCUUAUCACCGACCUUACAGAUCAAGAAGUCGAGAUAGUUAUUGGGGCAGCGAUCAAGAAUUUGAAAGUUGGGGAGAAAGAUCUUAUUGGUCAGAGAAUCCAGAUGCUAGAGGUGAAAGCUUACAUAGAAAACGAAUGAGCAGACACAGAGGACGACCUCAGCCAAAACUUCAAAGUUCUCAAUUCGAAGAUGACUUUACUCAAAGCGUUGAUCGCAAUGAACCGCCGAUAGAUCCAAUAAGCGCAGAACCACGUAUUCGUUCUGAUAUCGAAAUGAAACAACCGACAAGUCCACGAAGUCCACGAGGAGUGAAAGAUCAAGGAAGAAAAGAUCCAAAAGCUUAUAAAGCUUCUAGUUAUUUUGACGAUGACCUUACGCCCACUGCAAGUGCUUCUAGUGAUGCCUCUGAUAGACAAAGAAUAGGCUCUGAUUUGAAAGAAACACCAGAAGAACUACCUUCUGAAGUAAAAGAUCCUGUUGGAGAUGGUUUUGCUUCCGGUGAUAGUGGACGCGAUUCCUUUUUCAACGGCGAUCCAAGAUUCGAUGAUGAUGCUUUUGUAUUUCGUUCAGAACUAGAAGACCAAGUACCCGACCAACCCUUAAAAAAUUCUAGGCAUUUAAAAUAUUCAAAUAGCAAAGGAAAAGGAGAUCAGUAUAUUAAAAAGUCUGAGUCUGUAAACAUAUUUAGCCGAGAAAAUGAUCCAUUUGACGAUGAUGAGUUUUUCAAUUGAUCAAAACAAACGACUGAUUUCUUUCGUGCUACAAGACAUCGAAAAGGGAUCAGUUCAUCUUUAUCGCGUUCAUCUUUGCAUAACAUGUACGAAAUGCAACGCUCUUAUCCUUUUGGAUACAAGUGAAGUGCAUUUUGUAUUUGAGGCUGCGCAGGAGAAUAAUAUUUUUGUACCAAACGAAAACAAUCGUUCUUUUGCAUUUUCUUUCUGUAUUUAUUUUUUCUUUUUCGUUUUUUUUUUAUAAUGUAAAUAAUUUUGAUUUAAACUACAUUUUUAACUAUUAAAUAUGAUUUUAAAAGAAAUAACAUCAUUAUCAAUUAUUCAUGAGCAAUAUAACGAAUGAUGUAUUUUCAGAGAAAGAAUGUCAUGUGCAAUUUAGGGAAUUUUUGAAAAAGAUUUGUUGCGUGUGCAUAUGAUGCUAAUAUUGUUUAUCGUGUUUUUCAACUUUCAAAAAUUUUAUGUACUAUACUGUUAGUUAGAUGUUCAGCCAGCAGAGUUUUUAAUAUAUGAAUAAUAUAAAAGUGAAUUUCACAAUGAGAGUGGCUAAUAUUGUAGAAUAAAUAAGUUUUUUAGGCAAAUGAAAUUGUUUUCAUCCUGCAGUCGAUCUAUGAUAUCUCAAAUAUGUAUCGACUACGGUGAUAAAAAAGCCACACGUGACUGGAGUAAUAAUAUAUAAACUGAGUAAAAAGAGUGACUUACGUAAUAUGUACAUAGUUACAGAUAUUUGUAAUUCCAAUAAUAUUGUUAAUGUAGCAUUAUUGAAGCAGCCAUUGUAUAAAAUGUACAUUUCUUUAUUUAUUUUGAUAUGUAUUUAAAAUUUUUUAUUUAUGUAUGUAUUUAUUUGAAAUUAUAGUUAUUUAUUUAUUGUAUAAAUAGACUGUUAAUAUCUUCUUC